AUGCUCGCUCGUUUCUUCGUCGGCCUGUUGCUGGCCUGUGUCAGCACCGUCCACGCCCAGACGUUCACCGACUGUAACCCUACCAAGGAGGACUGUCCGGCAGACGCUGCUCUGGGUACGAAUCACACGUGGGUUUUCAACGGAACCCAAGACGAGAACAUCUGGGCCACGACCAAUGGCAAAAUCGACUGGACCGAGAACGGAGCCGAAUUCUCCAUCAAGAAGAAGCUGGAUUCCCCCACGUUGCAGUCCAAGUUCUUCAUCUUCUUCGGUAUUGUCGAGUCUCACGUCAAGAUGGCCAAGGGUGGUGGUAUUAUCAGCAGUAUUGUCUUGCAGUCCGACGACUUGGACGAGAUUGACUGGGAAUGGGUCGGUUACAACACCUCCCAGGUGCAGUCCAACUACUUCGGCAAAGGAAACGACUCGAGCUUCGACCGCGGCGGUUACCACGACGUCUCCAACGCUGACACCGAGUUCCACAACUACACCACCUACUGGACCAAGGAGAAGGUGGAGUGGUGGCUGGACCAGGAAUUGGUCCGCACUUUGAAAUACGAAGACGCUUUGGAUGGAAAGAACUUCCCCCAGACCCCGAGUAACGUUCGUUUCGGUAUCUGGCCCGCUGGUGACUCGGGUAACUCCCUCGGUACUAUUGAGUGGGCAGGUGGUGAGGUCGAUUACGACAAGGGUCCCUACACCAUGGUCGUUGACAGGGUCCGCGUGCAUGACUUUUCGUCCGGCAAGGAAUACAAAUACACAGACAAUAGUGGUGACUGGGAGAGUAUCGAGGUUGUCGAGGGCAACUCUACCACUGUCACCGAACUGAACAAGCCACCACCAAAGUCCCUGUCCGAGAAGUGGGAUGAACUGCCUACUGGUGCCAAGGCCGGUGUUGGUAUCGGUGCUGGUGCCGCCGGUGCCAUUGGUAUCGCCGGAUUGAUCCUCUACUGCAUCAAACAGCGCCGCAAGGGCCGCCUCGAAAACGCCCUCGACGACUCCAACUGGAACCAAGACCGGGCCGAGAUGAGCAACUUCCAGACAGACUGGAAGCAAAGUGAACUCCGCAACAAGGGUUACCAACCGGUUUCCUAA